AUGAAAAAACAAUGGCAAAGAUGUUUCAGAACUCCCUCCUGCAGCCAAGGACACGCUACCAGCUGUUGGCCACAGCGAUCGUGAACAUCAUAACCUUCGGCCAUGGACUGGGUGUGGGUUGGCUCUCUCCGACACUGGGUAAAAUCCAAUCCACAGACUCACCGCUUGAAUUUGAGGUGACCAUCGCUGAGGUGUCCUGGCUGGGCUCCAUGAUCGGUCUGGGCAGUCUGUACGCCAAUCUGACCAUUGCCCUGCUGCUGGAACGUGCGGGCCGAAAGUUCUGCAUUUAUCUUCUGGCGGUACCCUAUGCGUGCCUGUGGAUUCUCGUCUACUUUGCCUCGAAUGUUGUCUAUCUCUAUGCAGCGCGUUUCCUGUGCGGAUUUACGGGAGGUGCCGCAUUUGUUGUGUUUCCCAUAUACAUCAGCGAACUGGCCGAUACCAGCAUUCGAGGUGCUCUUUGCUCUAUGGUGAUGCUGUCGUAUAACUUUGGCGUGCUGGCUGGCUUUGUAUUGAGCACUUAUCUGCCGUAUCAUGUGGUGCCCAUACUGGCCAUUUGCCUGCCAAUUGCUUACUUUUUGGCCAAUCUAAUGCUGCCCGAAACGGCGCCAUAUCUGCUCAAGCGCAGCCAGCUGAGUGCAGCCGAGAAAUCUUUUGGUUAUUACAAAAAUCCAACAGACCAAAAGGCACAACUGAGAUCGAAGAGCGAUUUUGAAGAGCUUCGAAUGGCUGUGCUGGCCCAGCAGUGCCAGAACUCGGAACCCUUGAGCUACAAGGACUUGAUCACCCGGCCCGCCCUGAAGGCCUUUGGGGCCGCUGCAGUGCUCUGCCUGGGACUCGAGUGCUGCAACGUGUACAGCUUCAUCAACUACAUGUCCGAUACAUUUGCCUCAUCCGGCCUGGCCCUGGAUGCCAACACUUCGACCAUUAUUGUGGGCAUAGUGCAAAUAUUUGGCGUCUAUACCUCCACCCUCAUCGUGGACAUUGUGGGACGACGACUGCUCAUGCUGAUCUCCAAUUUGGGCGUGGGCCUGGGCUGCAUUGCCUUUGGAUGCUUCACCUACUGCGCGGAGCACUAUGAUCUCACGGACUUCAACUGGCUGCCAUUGGUGCUGAUGAUCAUCAUCAUUUACUUGGCAAACAUUGGCCUCAUCGCUCUCUUCUUUCUCCAGCUGGUCGAGCUGUUUCCGGCCAAGAUACGCUCACUGGCCACCUCCAUUUCGGUGGUGUGGAUGAGUCUGUUAAUCUUUGCCACUUUAAAGCUGUUUCCACUGAUGAUGUUCCACUGGGGCAUAUCGGUUACCAUGUGGUUCUCCGGCGCCUGGGCCAUAUUCACGUUUAUUUAUUUACUAUUUUUUCUGCCCGAAACUAUGGGAAAGUCCAUGAUUGAGGAUUAAACAAAGUGUGUACAGUA